UGGGCUGAGCUGCCUAUGUGAAGGAGAAGGAGCUGGCCAGGGACCACAGACAGCGGCAGCAGAGGCUGUGGCAUCGCCAGUGAUCCAGCCUGCAAGGUCUGGCCAUGAAGGGGUUGCUCUUCGCGGUCUCCGUGCUAUUCCUACUUCUGCCUUUUCAGCAGGUUGUGUCAAGCCCCGUGAAGGACAAGGAGGCCUCUGAACGUGAGGCUGAGAUGGAUACUUUGAUUGGGGCUGGUUCUCUGAGGCAGCCCCUGCUUCUUCGGGUGGCUCGGAUGACUCCAUUCUGGAGGUCACUGGGCUACAAACCUUCCCAGGCCCAUUGCUUGCGGGACCUGGAGUGCAUCAGCAAAUACUGCAGGAAUGGCUUCUGCUCAAAGCCUCACUUGGAAUCCUGAAGCCAUGGAUGCUGGGGCUACAGAAGUGCCAGAGGCCCCCUGAGCCCCUCUACCCUUCCUCACCUCCACUUCAUUUAGGGGCUCUAAACAUCUUCUCCUUGCUUUGCUUCACUGGAUGACAUAUGCCUUUUCCCAAGCUUUCAGAAGAGGGGGGCAGUCAUGCCCAUUAACUUUGCCCCUGUGCACCCCAGUCUGAACCCUGCCCCUGGAGAAAGCCCUCGGUCCCCCUUCCAGUUGGGCUCUGUCCUGAAGUAGACAGCUUCCAGCUGUUGGGGAUACAAAGCCAUAACUAGGUUGUGGCACCCAGGCCUUUGUCCUAAGACACCAAAAUUGAGAGGGUGAUGAUAGCUCUUACUCUGCUUUGAUAGCAUAGAAACAAUUGGACAAGAAUAAUUAGUUAAAAAUCAGAUGCUACCAGUUGACAUGACACCUCCCCUCACUAGCUGCACCUGAGAUAAUUCUUUCCCCCCCACCAACUGCCCCCAUCAUGAUCUCCUCAGAAGCAGUUGCAGGGAAUGCCAAGGCCUCAGUGCAGGAGUCUUUGUCUCUCUAUUUUGGGGUAGUACCCCCCAGGGGGUUUUGUGCCCCAGCAAAUUUCCCUCCCGCAAAUGAAUUUCUCUCAAAAGGUUGAUUAGAGGUCCUAUUCCAUGUUGCUUGCCUCAGGCACCAAAAUCGCUCCUUAUAGCCCUAUUAGGGAGGAGCCCUGGGGCCUGGGUAGGGAUUUGCUGCUCUAGAGAGUUUCAGAUAAUUCAGUAUGGGAGAGGGUAGGUGGACCCUGGUACAUACCUACUGAUGACUGGUCAGUGAAGGAGGAGGGAGAAAUCUGGGAAGAGAGCAUCUCCCUGGUACUAAAGAUCUGAGGUUUGCAGACCUCAUCAGCCCAUAAAUUGUCCCCUGUCACCAAGGCAGAGCCCAGCCCUCCCUCCGUGGCCCCUAUUCCCAGGCUGUUCUCUGCCCAUCUAGAAUUUCUUACCCUCUUCAGGGUGGCCCCAGAAGUAUACUGUAAAAGGUCUUCUCUUUGGGGGGAGGCAUGUGAUUCUCCCAGACUGCACUAUUUCAGUGAUUUCCCUAAACCCCAGCCCCCUAGGGAUGAUCUGAAAGGCCAUGUGUCCAUAUCACACCGACCAUGCCACAAGAGAAAAAGCCAAAGUAUGCCUAUGAGUUUGCAAGCAGUUUAAAUUGGAUGUAGGCAAAGAUGCACCUGCUCCCUUCCUUGCUCACAAACUCACAUUGUGUGAAUUAGCCAGCCCUUGGAGACCUCUGACCUUAAAGGAGACCUUGUGCUUCUCUGUGAGGUGUUCAGGUGGGAGGAUGAAUAAAGUCUGCCAUGCACUUUA